AUGUCCCUCUCGCAGUAUGCCAAGGCCCAUCUCCUGAACCAAUCAAAGUACAAGCACCUCAACGCCUUCAACUCCCUCGUCUGCCCCUCUCUUCUCGCCGCGCGCCAUGAUGCCUCCAACUCAGGCCCUUCUGCCACCGGCGUGCGCGACAAAGCCAUCGCCAUCAAAGACAACAUCUGCACCGUCGCACCCAAGACUACAGCGUCUUCUGCCAUUUUGCGCGAUUUUAGUAGCCCGUACGAUGCCACGGUAGUAACGCUUCUCCGGGAUCAGGGUGCCGUGGUCGUGGGCAAGACCAAUAUGGACGAAUUUGGCAUGGGCUCACAUUCGACAAAUUCGUAUUUCGGUCCGGUGAGGAUGCAGAGACACAAUGGCGAGGCGGCAAGUGCGGGCGGCAGCUCUGGGGGAAGUGCGGUUUCAGUUGCGACUUCGCAGUGCUGGGCAGCGCUAGGUACCGACACUGGAGGCUCCGUCAGGCUCCCGGCCUCGUACGCUGGUCUUGUUGGAUUCAAGCCGAGCUACGGUCUGCUGUCGAGGUGGGGUGUCAUUGCCUAUGCCAACUCUCUAGACACUGUCGGCAUAUUUGGCCAGUGUGUCGACGACGUGAGGGCUGUCUUUGACAAGCUCAAUGUCCACGAUGCCCAAGAUCCCACUUGCAUUCCCCCUUCAACGCGCGUCCGACUAGGAACGCGCAGACAAGGCCACUCACAAUGUCUGAGGGUCGGAAUUCCGCUCGACUACAACAUUGACACUUUGCAGCCUGUUGUUCGCAAAGCAUGGGUUCGCCAACUAAAGCAGCUAUGGCAUCGCGGACACAGCCUGCAUCCCAUUCGGCUACCCACAACGCAACAGGCCUUGUCAGCUUACUAUGUACUUGCACCCGCCGAGGCAUCCAGUAACCUUGCCAAGUAUGACGGCGUCCGCUUCGGAAGCAGAGCUGAGGGCGUUGACGGGACACCCGAAAGCGUCUUGUUUGCCAAAACUCGCGGCCAAGGCUUCGGGCCUGAAGUUCAGCGUAGGAUCCUGCUUGGUGCCUUUUCGUUGAGCGCUGACGCUAUUGACAACUACUUUGUCCAGGCACAAAAGGUGCGCAGACUGGUGCAGCAAGACUUUGACAGAGUGUUUGCGAAGCCAAACCCGCUGUUUGACAAGGAUACGUCCUCGGGGGAGCACAAAGAGGGAGUUGAUGUCAUACUGUGUCCCACAUCACCGUCCAUGGCGCCAUCUUUGUCCGAAGUCGAGACGCAGGACUCGAUUCACUCGUACAUGAACGACGUCUUUACCGUCCCCGCUAGUCUGGCUGGGCUGCCAGCCAUUAGCAUUCCUGCAGGCGUGCAAUGGGAAGAAGAAGGACGAGGACGAGGAGAAGAUUCCGGGGCACCAGGGAGAUGUGAUACACAUGUAAACACGGUAGGCUUGCAAAUCAUUGGCCAAUACGGCGACGACCAGCUUGUCCUUGACACUGCGCACAUGAUGAAAGAUGAGGUAGGAUUGCUGGGGAAGGAAGAGGUGGGAAGCCGGGUGCCUUGA